AUGGCCAACAUAACCCAAACAGCAACGACACCAAACGAGAAGCAACCACUCCAAGUCGUCUUCGUCCUUGGCCCUCCAGGAGUAGGCAAAGGCACUAUCUGCAAGCGCCUAGCCCAAGAUUUCGGCUGGUAUCACCUAUCGGUUGGCGACUAUCUUCGUGAACUCGUCAACAGCACAACGCAACUCCCCGUUGCGCAAUGUGGUGGUAUGUGCUCCGACGAGCUCCUGGCUCACCUGAAAGCCGAAAAGUCGGUGCAAGGCAAGACGAUUGCCGCCAUUGUCGAGCACAAGAUUUUCGUCAUCCAAGAGCAAGGUUUCGAUCAUAUUUUCAUCGACGGCUAUCCCAGGCAAAAGCAGUCUACCGAAUUAUUCGACGAGACGUUUGGCCGACCGAUCGAGAUUGUCUGGUUCGGGUGCGUGAAGUCGACGGCAAAGGCCCGAUCCAUGGGUUGCAAACGAGGCGCCGAUGAUGAUGAGGUGUUGGAAAGCAGAUAUGCAGAGUUUUUGGAGAACAAUCGUGUCAUCGAACACCAUUACGACGUUCUCAUGCAGAUUGUCAACACGGACGGCGAGCGUGAGGAGAGUUAUGUGAGAGUGAAGGCGGCAUUAAGCAAGCUCUUGUCGGGAACAACGGUGAGAUAG